AAGAGAUGCAUGCAGUAGCAAAGGAGCAUGGUGAAAAUAUCGCAAGCGACGAAGGAGAAGGAUUUCGGACUGAAAAAGGAAUUAGGGUUAAUAUCGGCAGUAUCUCUCAAUGUCGGCACUAUCAUUGGCUCGGGAAUAUUCAUCUCUCCGAAAGGCGUUCUUCGUCGCACUGGUUCGGUUGGACUGGAUUUGGUGAUAUGGUCGGCAUGCGGAGUCAUUGCUAUGCUGGGUAUGUGUAAAAAGACGAACUACAACUUACAAGAGGACUUUGCUAUGCUGAACUAGGUAGCAUGAUACCGCUGUCGGGAGGAGAGUACGCAUACUUUCUGGUAGCCUGGGGCAGUGCCGAGAAAACCUGGUUGCGCAGAUUUCUCGGACCGAUCAUAGCGUAUCUAUUUGGCUGGGUCACC